UGGAGGGGGGCAGGAGGAGGAGGACGAGGUGGCGGCUCCCAUCCCAGCCUCCCGGCCUCCCGGCCUCCCUGCCUGCCGGCCUCCCUGGCUUCCCGAGGGCCGGGCCAUGCUGCUGCCGGUGGUGGUGCUGGGGCUGUGGUGGCCGCGGUUGGCGUGGGGGGCGGCGGCGGGCCUGGGCCCGGCCUCCAGUCCCCCCUCGGGGCCGGGGCUGCAGCUGGAGCUGGAGAGGCGCUUCGUGCCGGACCCCUGCCCGCGCACCGUGCGCCCGGGGGACUUUGUCCGCUACCACUACCACGGAGCCUUCCCCGACGGACGGCGCUUCGACUCCAGCUAUGACCGGGGAUCUACCUUCAAUGUGUUUGUGGGGAAAGGCCAGCUAAUCGCAGGGAUGGACCAGGCCCUGGUCGGGAUGUGUGUGAAUGAGAGACGCUUUGUGAAAAUCCCCCCUAACCUGGCCUACGGGAGCGAAGGAGUCUCUGGAGUAAUCCCUCCAAACUCAGUCCUUCAUUUUGAUGUGCUUUUGAUGGACCUGUGGAAUUCCGAAGACCAAGUUCAGAUCAACACGUACUUCAAGCCCCCUAAGUGCCCUCGGACAAUCCAGGUAUCCGAUUUUGUCCGAUACCAUUACAAUGGCACAUUUUUGGAUGGGACGCUCUUCGACUCGAGCCACAAUCGGAUGAAAACGUACGAUACCUACGUGGGGAUCGGUUGGCUGAUUGCCGGGAUGGAUAAAGGGCUUCUGGGAAUGUGUGUCGGGGAAAAGCGCAUCAUCACGAUCCCGCCUUUCUUGGCCUAUGGAGAAGAUGGAGAUGGGAAGGACAUUCCUGGUCAGGCGUCUCUGGUCUUCGACGUGGUCCUGCUAGAUCUCCAUAACCCCAAAGACGGCAUUACCAUCGAGAAUCAGUCCGUGCCCGAAAACUGUGAGCGGAGGAGCCAGGCGGGAGACUUUCUCCGAUACCAUUAUAAUGGCACGCUUCUGGAUGGCACCUUGUUUGAUUCCAGUUACUCCCGGAACCGUACGUUUGACACCUACAUUGGACAAGGUUAUGUGAUCGCCGGAAUGGAUGAAGCGUUACUCGGUGUGUGUAUUGGAGAAAAGCGAAGAAUUAUAAUUCCUCCUCACCUGGGUUAUGGCGAAGAUGGAAGAGGGAAGAUCCCCGGCUCGGCCGUAUUGAUCUUUGACAUCCACGUGAUCGAUUUCCACAACCCGUCCGACUCCAUCAACAUCACGACGUCUUUCAAGCCCGCCAACUGCUCCGUCCUUAGUAAGAAGGGCGACUACCUGAAAUAUCACUACAACGCCUCCCUCCUGGAUGGCACUUUGCUGGACUCCACGCUGAAUUUAGGCAAGACCUACAACAUCGUGCUGGGAUCCGGACAGGUCGUCCUGGGGAUGGAUCUGGGGCUCAGAGAUAUGUGCGUUGGAGAGAAGCGGACAGUCAUCAUUCCCCCACACCUCGGCUAUGGGGAGGCCGGGGUUGACGGAGAGGUGCCCGGGAGCGCGGUCUUGGUUUUCGACAUUGAGCUGCUGGAGUUGGUGUCUGGCCUGCCCGAGGGAUACAUGUUCAUAUGGAACGACGAGGUGUCCGCCAACCUCUUUGAAGAAAUCGACAAGGACACCGACGGAGAGGUUCUCCUGGAGGAGUUCUCGGAGUACAUCCUGGCCCAGGUGGCAUCCGGCCGAGGGAAACUAGCCCCGGGCUUCGACGCCGAGCUGAUUUUGAAAAAUAUGUUCACCAACCAGGACCGCAACGGGGAUGGCAAGAUCACGGCUGAGGAGUUCAAGCUGAAAGACCAGGAGGCCAGGCAUGAUGAACUCUAAACCUGAAAGCUAGCCUGGGUGUGAGAGAUGAACAGUGUUACUGUUCAGGAGGAUGCCAGCUGGUUUGUGUAUGUAUGUAUGUGUGUGUGUGUUUGUGCGCGUGCGCACGCACCUCUGAGUGAUGGAUUUCGGAGACCGUGUGUUUGACGUUUGUGGGGUGCAGCAUUCUGGGCGGAGAGGGUGAUCCCAGUAGAGCCCUGAGAAUAACACAAAUAAAAUCAGCGUCAAGUGCCUCAGCGUGGAACAGACAUACGUUGAAACAGCCUUAUUGCCAGCCUUUGUCUCACGAGCCGUUGAGCUGAUUUGGCUCUGAAAGGACAACAGUUACAUUCACCUUGGCCGGGUGGGAAAGAGGGGAAAAACAGCUGCUAGUUUUAGGUCCAUCAGUGAGUGUAGUAAACCCCCCCACAAGCUGUCCAACCCGAGAGGAAUCCCUGUCAGGAGACGGCCUGCUCGAGGUGGGGCCGAUUUAGACCCGUGUGGCUCUCCGACAGGUCCGACACCCUCCCUUAAUCUGAGCAGAAAGUCCUGGCAUCUCUGCCGGGCGAGGGCCAGCGGGAAUCUCGGAACACUUCCACGUGGCUGACCGAGGCUGGGCUGCCAGUGGGCCUAGACUAGACCGUCAGCUUUUCUAAAGAACGUUUAAUCUGUGCCGAGGUCUCCCUACCGACAGCCGUGCUCUCCCUACUUUGCAGAAAAGCCCAGGGUCCAAGGGGCAGGGUUCUCUCUGGCCAGCGAGGCGGCCUCUUCCUUCUGAGUCAGAAAAGAUCUAAACAAUGGGUGCAGCGUCAGAAAGCAAAUGAGGAUAAAUACCAGUUCUCCCCUCCUGGCCCAGAGUCCAAGAACUCCAAAAGGUGAAUGUGAAAUGUGUCUGUUGUGUGCGUUCACUGGCUUCCGCUUUUUCCCCUCUGGACAUAGAUGGUGCUGGUUCUACCUUCGAUUUACCAAAUGCCUUCUCUUUUUGGAAACUGCUUUAUUUUACUAAAUUAAGAUAUUUUGUACGGUCGUAGUUCUUUAGGUCCCGAAAAUGCGGCGCGGAUUUUGUCAGAAUUGGACAGUACUGAAGAACUGACCUUUUGUUACAUAAAAACAAUGAAUUGUGUAA